AUGUCUUUCAUCAUCAAGUCUACUGCUCUCUUUGGAGCCCUUUCCUUUCUUUCCAAGGUUUCCGCCCACGGUACAGUGCAAGGUAUUGUCGCCGGUGGUGUCUGGUAUUCUGGGUACAGUCCGAGCUUCCAAUUCCAGAAUCCUCCUCCCGUUGUGGCUGGAUGGAGUGCUCCAGAGGAUCUCGACAACGGUUUCGUCAGUGACUACACUAGUCCUGACAUUAUCUGCCACAAGGGAGCCACUCCUGGCGGGGCGUAUGUCACUGUCGCCGCUGGAGACGCCGUCGAACUUCAAUGGACGAUCUGGCCUGAAUCUCACCAUGGCCCUAUGCUCGACUAUCUCGCAUCCUGCGGUGAUGACUGCACAACGGUCGACAAAACCAAGCUGCUCUUCAACAAAAUUGAUGAGGCCGGCCUCGUCGAUGGCAGCGAUCCUCCAGGCCACUGGGCCUCGGAUGAUAUGAUUGCAAACAACAACUCCUGGGUCGUCACCAUCCCAUCCAGCAUCGCACCCGGCAAAUACGUACUUCGCCACGAAACUAUCGCCUUGCACUCGGCCUUUGAUGUCGGCGGAGCCCAGAAUUAUCCUCAAUGCAUCAACUUGGAAAUCACGGGCUCUGGCACCAACUCACUCUCUACUGGUACCUUGGGAACCGAGCUCUACAACGCCGAGGACCCAGGUCUCUUCAUCAACAUCUACCAGGAACUGACCUCGUACGUCAUCCCUGGCCCUGCCCUGAUGGACGGAUCUUCCUCUGAAUCUCAACCGCCCGUUUCAGUGACGACAUCCGCCUCUUCCUCCACCACUACCAAACCCUCCGCUGUUUCCCUCACGGCUCCAUACUCCAAUAGCACCACCACAUCCACCAAGAUCGCCAUCACAGCCAAGCCCACCAAGCCCGCCGCCCCAAUUGUCACUCCCUCCGACGACGUCUCCCCAUCCCCAGUCGUCGAACCCACUCCGGUUGAGAGCCCCGAACCCGUCGAGAACCCUUCAACCCCAAGUCCGAGUGAAGUCGCCUCCACCGGCGCCACAGGAACCAGUCCGGUGUCCUUCACCAGCACCAUCACCGGCCGCAUUGGGAAGUCCACCAAAUUCAUCUGCUACAUUGAGGAAUAA